GGAACCGACAAGAAAGAAAAUAAGAUGAAGAAAUUAAAAUACUAAUACGAGGGAUUAUCAAAAUUUUCCAAUUCUUUUUGGUUCCGCAAUCUGCUUCGUCUUCGUCCUCCCUCUGUUUCCAUUCUCAGUAGAGAUCAGAGGUAUACGCCGGCGUUCUUAUUUUCGACCUAAAAUCAAAAUCAAAAUCAAAAUCAAAAUCAAAUUCCACACUCUCGUAUUUGUAUUUUCAUUCCGAUCCGAACCCACCUCUGUACUUGCUCAUUGCCCUGCGCCAUCAUCCAAUCAAUGAGUAAUUGAAACCAACUUUUCUCCUGGGGUUUGAUUUCAACAUGUCUGCAACUUCGAGGGGUGGUAGAGUUACCAUUACACUCGGCGGUAGCGGCCAGGUAGUAAAAAAAGCUGGACCAGGUACCAAUGUUUCCGUUUCUGAUUCUGAUUCAUGGCCCGUGUCUGGAACUAAGCGGUCUGUAAGAGAUAGAUUGGGAAAUAGCCUUGAUAGUGAUCUGUUUUAUGGAAGCCAAGUCAAUAACAAACGAAUACGAGGAGAUGAUGGUAUGUCAAAUUGGAGUUCUAAUGGGUUGGAUGUGUCACACAUUUGUAAAAAUGACCUUCGAUAUAAACUCCUACAAAAAGAUGCAUUUAGACGUGCUCAAAGUGACAAUGAGAGGUCGUUAGACCUUCGGGAGAAGCUACCUAAGGGAAACCAAGCCCCUAUUCGUCAUCUUGAUUCACGACAUCGAGAUCCACCAUUGCAUGAUGCAAAUAUCUUACGCCGUGCUCCUUCAAGUAGAACUGCAGAUGAUUUGCCUCAAAAGGACUCAUUAGGAAGUUCUUAUUCCUCUUGGACAAUGGAUAAUUUAAGACAAGGAUCACCGGCUAGAAUUAUAGAAUCUUCAAGGCACUACUCUCUUCAAAGGGAUGAUGAGAAACUACAGAGAAGGCCAACUAACCUUUCAUUCGAGAAUGUCAAAUCAAUGAGCUACGCAGCCAAAGAUGYUCACAAUGCUUCAAGUUCUGUCAGUUCUGCAACUUUUAUGACAAAUUCUCUAUUGCCUCCAACGUCAGCAAAGCCAGUGGCACCUCUUGUUCCCUUACAUCCUCCGCCAAGUGGCAUUGCACACAAAACCCUUUAUCAAGGUGACGAACUUCAAAGUAUAGAUGGCGUGUUGCAUUCUCUAGGAUUGGGAAAAUAUUCCAUUCUUUUUAAGGCUGAGGAAGUUGAUAUGACUGCCUUGAAACAAAUGGGGGAAAAUGAUCUCAAAGAGCUUGGGAUACCUAUGGGUCCUAGAAAGAAAAUUCUUCUUGCGAUUGCUCCACGUUCCAAGCGACAACUGUGAUCGUUAUUCUUCUAGAGGAAGUAUCGCUUUCAUUGGCAGUUUUAACACCAGUGCUGAUAUCUCGAAGACCCGAGACAUGAUAGUGUAUUAUCUUUAGAUGUUAGUGGUAAGAGAGAGGUUCUUGGAUCUCUUGUCGUAUCAUUUUUAUUUAGACCAAUGGCAUCCUAACAAUGAUAGGAAGGGUAUAACUUUUGUUUCCAUCCCCUUUCACAUACAUUCAUGCAAAAUCAAAACAUUCUCAAAAACA